AUGGGGAAUGCAGUUGCAAUCAUAUACACAAUCAUCGUGAACAAGAAGAUGAAGAAGAAAAUCGUAAAGAAAGUCUUGGAAGAAAUUGAGAAAAAGAACGGUGAGAGUGAGAUGCAAGCCAGCAGCGCCGUGGAAAAUGUGGUGAUCGAGGUCGGGCCAGUUGAGAUGUUCCUGAACCAGAUCCUCAACGAGCAGCCGAUGCGUUUCAGCUCCGAGCAGCUGGCGGCCUGCACCCGGAACUACUCGUCGGAGCUGGGGUCCGGAGGCUACGGCGUGGUCUACAAGGGUGAGCUGCCGAACGGCCUGCCGGUGGCCGUGAAGGUCCUGAAGGUGUCCAUGAACAAGAGGGUUCAAGAGGCGUUCAUGGCGGAGAUCGGCACCAUAGGCCGGACGUACCACGUACACCUCGUCCGUCUCUACGGCUUCUGCUUCGACGCGAACACGAAGGCGCUAGUCUACGAGUACUUGGAGAACGGUUCACUCGAGAAAUACCUUUACGGCGAUGAGGAGGGCAGCACAGCCAUGACGCUGGAGUGUGGGACGCUGCACGGCAUCGCCGUCGGCACGGCGAAGGGGAUCAUGUACCUGCACGAGGAGUGCCAGCAGCGGAUCGUACACUACGACAUCAAGCCGGCCAACAUCCUCCUCACGGCCGACUAUACCCCGAAGGUAGCCGACUUCGGGCUGGCGCGGCUGGGCGAGCGCGAGAACACGCACAUGUCGCUGACCGGCGGCGGCCGCGGGACACCCGGGUACGCGGCGCCGGAGCUGUGGAUGGCGCUGCCGGCGUCCGAGAAGUGCGACGUGUACAGCUUUGGAAUGGUAUUGUUCGAGAUCCUGGGGCGGCGCCGGAACUUUGACCCCAGCCGGGGCGAGAGCAAAGAGUGGUUCCCGAGAUGGGUUUGGGAGAAGUACGAGCAGGGUGAGAUUGAGUACGUCGUGUCGUGCGACAGGAUCGGGGAGGUGGACAUGGAGAAGGCGGAGAUCAUGUGCAAGGUGGCUCUGUGGUGCGUGCAGUUCCAGCCGGCGGCGCGGCCGUCGAUGUGCAACGUGGUGCGGAUGCUGGAGGGGGAGAUGGCCAUCGUCCCGCCUGCGAACCCAUUCCACUACGUCAUGGACAGCAACAUUGGCUCAACUAACUCGGGGUUGUGGAGUGACACGUCACACAUACCAAAGUAG